AUGGCUACUCAGACAAUAGUUGAAGCUGCACAGAAAAUUGUCACCUCUGAAACCCUCCGCAACGCAGCGAAACAGUCGCAACGUUGCCUCACUGUCCCUGUACAUCUCCGCCACGCCAUUAAGAAGUACCUUCGAGAGCAGGAGGAGCCAUAUAUGAAGAGGAAGGUGUUGAGGCUGUCCCAGUCAUUCAAUGAAAUCAAGAACGUCAAUCUGCAGCUGGCAACCACCACGUCGAGGGAGAUGGUUGAAGACCCUUUGAAGUCUUCUGAGCAAUCAAAACGUUGGAAGAUUACGACCUCCUACGGUGACAUUGGUCUCACGUAUAGAAAUGAUGAGACGGUUGCUUAUGUGGCUUCUCGUAUGCCUGCUGUUUACUCUGCUUGUUAUAGAGUACUUAAAGAGGUUCGUAGAAGGCUUCCUGGUUUCUCCCCAACCAAGGUUUUAGAUUUUGGUGCUGGGACUGGUUCAGCUUUCUGGGCAUUACGAGAAGUUUGGCCAAAGUCUUUAGAGAAAGUAAAUUUAAUAGAACCAUCACAGUCAAUGCAGCGUGCAGGUCAGAGUCUCAUACAAGCUCUCAAGAACUUGCCACUUAUUCAUAGCUAUGACAGCAUUCAAGCUCUGUCUAAAAGUAUUGGUAAAUCGGAGAGAGGGCAUGACCUUGUAAUUGCUUCUUAUGUGCUGGGAGAGAUCCCUUCGUUAAAGGAUCGGAUUACCAUAGUUCGCCAGCUUUGGGAUCUAACACAAGAUGUUCUGGUUUUGGUUGAACCUGGAACGCCUCACGGAUCCAAUAUUAUAGCACAGAUGAGAUCUCACAUACUAUGGAUGGAAAAGAGAAAACAUCGUAAAUCUUCUAACAAAAAUAAUGAAGUUUGUAAAGAUUUGAUCACUGAAAAGGCCGGUGCUUUUGUGGUUGCUCCUUGUCCUCAUGAUGGUGCUUGUCCACUGGUAAAAUCUGGAAAAUAUUGUCAUUUUGUUCAGCGUUUGGAAAGGACAUCAUCGCAGCGAGCUUACAAGCGUUCAAAAGAUGUGCCCUUGCGUGGCUUUGAAGAUGAGAAAUUCUCUUAUGUUGUUUUUAGACGAGGAAGAAGACCAAGUGAACCUUGGCCUCUUGAUGGUAUUACAUUUGACACUCUGAAGGAGCAACAUGCCAAAAGAAAUCCAGAGGAUCUUGAAAUUGACUACGAGGACUGGUUGAAGUUGCAACAAGCUGAUGAUGACGAUGCUUCUCGUGUAGUAGACGUAGUAAAAUAUGAUUCUGAUGCUAUUGAAACCGACCAUGAAGACAACAAUGAAGUGGAUGAGGAAAUCGAAGAAGAAGAAACACCGAGUGCUGAUCUUGGAGGUGGCUGGGGCAGGAUUGUGUUCAUGCCUGUUAGAAGGGGUAGACAGGUAACGAUGAAUGUGUGUAAAUCAACCAAAAGCGAUGCCUCCGAGGGUUCAUUUGACCGCAUGGUUGUAACAAAGAGCAAGAAUCCUACCUUGCAUCAUCAAGCCAAAAAAUCUAUUUGGGGUGAUUUGUGGCCGUGUUGA